ACAUGCAAUGAAGCAAAACUCCCAGCGUCAGUGUGGGAAGGCCCCGGGCGUGAGGAUAUCAACGGUGGGUUUAAGCCGGCAGCUUUCCAUUUAGUUGUUUUCAAGUUGAAAAUUUCGGAAUUGAAAACCUUGCCAAACUAUCAUCGAGAGUAAUGGCAUCGCCUUCAUCAGACCAAAACGGGUGUGAAGAAGAAGAAGAAGAAGCGAAGCCCCAAAAUUUAGUGGCCUGCCAGUCACCUACUCUCCUCAAAGAUCCUCAUAAGCAUAUCUCCAGGCAUGGGCUUCGUGGAGAAAUUCUUCCCAAGGGCCUUAAAACCUGUGGCAGCAGCAUAGCAUUGACCCAAUGGUAUGACAAACUAGACCCUGUUGUGAAGCAAAAGGUAGAUAAUGCAGGGUUUGGAGGCUUCAUCUCCAGUCUCUGCCCUUCUUCCCGUGCUGAAAAAGUUCGAGUUAUCUCCCUUGCAGAGCGAUGGUGGGAUACAACCAUAGUUCAAAGUCGCGGUAUCGGUUAUUGA